AGGAGCAUAAAAUGCGAAUGAAAUUCAAUCUUAUAACUUUUUAAUGUCCACGGCAGCGGCGAGGCGGACCAUGAAAACUUUAAUUGUGUUUCUUUUGUCUGCCAUAGACACCGUUUUUGUCUCUGCCCGUUUCCCAAUCGAAGUGUACGAGAUCCGAGAAACAAAUGACGGCAACCGACUAUACAUAAAUAACAACAACGAACAAUAUACACCAGAUGGCGACACAAAACUUUCUAGACUUUUGAAACCAUACAAAGAAGAUGUUGUCGAUAAAUUCGCUAAAAACCUACUCGAAAAACUAAAGGUACUAAGAAAAGCUAGACAGAAGAAUAGAAUUAUACAGCCAGAUAUCUAUGUGUUGAAUGGAGAUUUAUUACAUAAUAGCGAUACUUCUUCUAAUGAAUAUAAUUAUAAUUACAAUUACGAUUUGGAUGGGUUCGUGGAUGAAACCAGAAAUCAAAGAUUCAAAGCGGAUGAUUUGCAAAAUGUAUUUUAUCAAACAUACCCUGAAAAAAGAAGUAAGGUUUAUAAGCCACGUAGUAUAUUGCGUACGGAAGAUCGAACAGCACCUCCUCGCCAUAAAUAUCUAUAUGAGAAAGACUACGAUGAGUGAUAUAAGAAACAAAGUAAAAAAAUAGCUGUAAAUAAAAAUAAAUAAGGCAGUGUCUA